AUGGCCAGGCCCGGGGACCCCUCUGUCCAUCCUCUAGACACCUGUGCCAUGGCCUUCUCUGUCGACAACAUGGACCAAGAGCUCGACCGCCUCUCCAUGCAUGGCAUGGUGGCCUGGCUGGGGGGGAACAGCCGGUGGUGGAGCCAGAGGUCAUCAAGAGGGCCAUCUGCCACCAUUUUUUGGUUCGUCCGGAGGAUGUCACCAUCGUCAGGCACGCCUCCGAAGACUUCUUCAUCGACUUCAAGUACUGACACCACCGCGACGAGGCGGUGGCAUAGGGGACCUUCCCCCUAUCGCAACCUCAACAUCCACACAAGGCCGUGGCAGCUGGUCACGCACGGCGACAUCUGCGACCUCAAGUACCGCGUUCACCUAUGCCUCGAGGGCAUCCCCCUUCAUGCCUGGAACGAGAGCAUCGCCAAGAGGGCAGUCGCCAGAGCUUGCGACCUUGACUACGUCGAGAAGUCUUCGCUGGACCGUGGCGACACCAGGGCACUCUGUGUCUGGGCCUGGACGCACAACCCGUCCGACAUUCCAAAGGUAACCUGGCUGACCUUGUCGUGCAGGAAAGCAGAGUUUCACAGUUCACAACCUGCUACUCGUGACCGUCGGGGACUCACCUUUAAGGUGCUGGUGCACCUUGACCUGGUGGAGGACCCACUGGGCAGAGAUGGAUGUGCUGCUGCUCCCAUUGUUUACACGUGGGACUACGGUGUCGUUGACAGAGAGAGGACGCCACGCGACCGCCAUGACCCUCCACCUGCUGACAUCCACAGCUGCCAUCGCGACGACGACGACGACCGUCGUGGACGUCGUGAACGCCAGGGCGACAACUGGUACUCGCGUCUCACCCGUAGCCUUUCGUGGGCGCCCAAGGACCAGGAGCGGGAGCAUUCGAAGUCGAGGCAUGGUGGCCGUCGACACCGGAGCCCCGAGCACGGAGGUCGUCGACGCCCACUGGACAACGUCGCUGCUAGCCAUGGCGCCGCCUAUCUGCCCAAGCAACGCUCCAGCCCGCCACAGCGACGCAAGAGGCCUCUGGUCCUAGCACGCAGGAGCGUGCGCAUUGCAGCCAUGAACUGGCCUAGAGGUGAUACUCAGGCGAAGGCCAGGCAGGUGCUCAUGAAAAGGCUUGGCAUCCUCGACGUGGAAGGACUCAGCCACGACGAUGCGUUGUUGCGCUACUUCUGCCUGUUCAAGGGACCACUCACCGAUGACGCCAUGAAGGCUCUGACGGCAUUGUGUGGCCUCGACACUACGGCAGCGCUUCCCACUCCGCACGCUUAG